AUGCACAUAAAAACACACACCGGAGAAAAACCUUUAUCAUGUCAUAUCUGUGAAUAUAAAUGUAUUAAAAAAAAUCGUUUGCAAUCACAUAUAAAAAAACACACUGGAGAAAAACCUUUUUCGUGUAAUAAUUGUGAUUAUAAAUGUAUUACAAAAUAUGAAUUGCAAAGGCAUAUGAAAAUACAUACCGGAGAAAAACCUCAUUCGUGUCAUAUCUGUGACUAUAGAUGUAUUACAAAAAGUGAUAUGCAAAUGCAUAUAAAAACACACACCGGAGAAAAACCUUUAUCGUGUCAUAUCUGUGAAUAUAAAUGUAUUAAAAGAAAUCGUUUGCAAUCACAUAUAAAAAUACACACUGGAGAAAAACCUUUUUCGUGUAAUAAUUGUGAUUAUAAAUGUAUUACAAAAUCUAAUUUGAAAGAUCAUAUAAAAAUACACACCGGAGAAAAACCUUUUUCGUGUAAUAUCUGUGAAUAUAAAUGUAUUACAAAUAGUAUUUUGCAAAGGCAUAUGAAAAUGCAUACUGGAGAAAAACCGUUUUCUUGUCAUAUCUGUGAAUAUAGAUUUAUUGAAAAAAGUAAAUUGCAAAAGCAUAUGAAAAUACAUACCGGAGAAAAACCUUAUUCGUGUCAUAUCUGUCAAUAUAGAUGUAUUACAAAAAGUGAUUUGCAAAGGCAUAUGAAAAUACAUACCGGAGAAAAACCUCAUUCGUGUCAUAUCUGUGACUAUAGAUGUAUUACAAAAAGUGAUUUGCAAAUGCAUAUAAAAACACACACCGGAGAAAAACCUUUAUCGUGUCAUAUCUGUGAAUAUAAAUGUAUUAAAAAAAGUCGUUUGCAAUCACAUAUAAAAAUACACACUGGAGAAAAACCUUUUUCGUGUAAUAAUUGUGAUUAUAAAUGUAUUACAAAAUGUAAUUUGCAAAAGCAUAUGAAAAAAAUACACACCAGAUAA